AUGAUGGCGCGGGGAGCUCUUAUCGGCCUUCUUCAUGCCGGAUCACUCAGGGUUGAAAACUCCCCUGUACAGGAUGGAAAGGCCUUGACACUUAUGAGCGCAGACGUCGACAGCGUCAACACCUCUGCAGAGAUGCUUCAUGAGACUUGGGCCCAACUUCUGGAAGUAUUGGUUGGAACGACUCUCCUGGCGAGACAAAUUGGAUGGUUUGCACUACUGCCCUUACUAAUUGUAUUUGGGUGUUCUCAAAUGAGCGCAUAUGUCGCAAAGCAUCUCCAGGGAAGACAAAUGGAUUGGAGUGCUGCAACUCAGGACCGCCUCUCAAUGCUUACCUCUGUCCUCGGGGGGAUAAAAAGUGUGAAAAUCCUAGGUCUCGAGCAGGCUACCAGCCUUGUCGUCUCAAAUUUGAGGAACGGAGAGAUUGCGAAGUCGAUAAUGUUACGGUGGAUUAUGGUAGCAUACAAUGCCAGUGCUAAUGCACUAGGGAUAUUCUCCCCGGUUUUGACGUUGGUCCUGUUUGCAGUCUCGCGCAAUGCACAGGAGACACUGAAUGCUGAUGUUGCCUUCACCUCGAUUGCUCUUCUCGGCCUAGUUACUCACCCAGCCAAUAUGGUCAUGACGAUAGUACCUCGUGCAGUUGCGUCUUUGGCAAAUUUCGAAAGAAUACAAGCCUACUUGACCCAAGGAGCGUUACCAGAUGAGCGCGUAUUUACAUCAGGGAGCAAAGAUGAACUCCGACCUGGUCCGCGACUGGCAUUUGCAUUGGAAAAUGUUACCGUUCAGCCCCCUAACUCACAUCCAAUUCUUCGGAAUGUUAACUUUCAGAUGACUGAAGGUUCAAUCGCCAUAUGCUCAGGGCCUAUUGGCAGUGGAAAAUCGGCCCUGGCAUUGACAAUUCUGGGGGAAAUCACUCCCACGGAGGGUAAGAUUAAUAUUGCGGAUGAUAAUAUUGCGUUUUGCAGCCCUUCUGUCUGGCUUCCUAUUGCCUCCAUACGUGAUAUUAUUUGCGGACAAUUAAGCCAAUUUGAUGCGGACUGGUACCAAACUGUGAUCCGAGCCUGCAGUCUCGAUACCGAUUUAAAAUCUCUGGUCGAAGGGGAUAUGACGUUGGUUGGAAGUGGUGCCAUUAAUCUCUCUGGGGGACAACAAGCCCGCAUUGCUGUUGCUCGUGCAGUUUAUUCUCGUUGUCGUACUAUGGUCUUGGAUGAUCCGUUCAGUUCUAUUGAUCCGGGAGUCGAGGACCAAAUUGUCAAUGCCUUGCUUGGCCCUGAUGGGAUUCUGCGCAAAAUGAAAAGCACUGUCUUUCUCAUUACUCAUGGUACUCAGUAUUAUUCCUUGGCCGAUAAGAUCAUUCUAGUCAAUGAAGGAAAAGUACAAGUCUGCAGCCCCCAAGAUGCCACCCUCCAGGAAGGCUCCCACACGAGGAAAAGUUUUGUUUCGCAAAAGACAUCAGAGGGUGAUAAAUUUGAAAAGAACGCCAAGUCACAGACAAAUCGAACACGCAUAGAUGAUGCCGCUGCCGAUAAAUCAAGGCGGACCGGGGAUUUCGCAGUCUACGGCUAUUAUUUUGGUUCAGCCGGCAUUUCGAAUAUCUUGUUCAUGGCAAGCUGCACGGCAACAUAUGCAUUCUGUCUAACCUUUUCACAGUACAUUCUCAAGUGGUGGACUGAAUCCGACAAUGCAAACUCACCGUCGUAUAUUCUGAUGUACUUCCUAUUGUCUCUAAUGGCUUGGAUAGCGACCAACGGGACUAUGUGGUCAACGCAUAUAGUCAUCGCUCCAAGAUCCGGUGCUACUCUGCAUUCUCGACUGCUCGGGAAAAUAAUGAAUGCGCCGCUUUCAUACUUUUCAACCUUUGAGAUUGGUACCAUAUUGAAUAGAUUUGGCCAGGAUAUUCAAUUAGUCGACAAGGAGAUGCCUCCUGCCCUGGCAAAUCUCAGUACCCAAAUCUUUAAACUUACGAUGCAGAUCAUCGUCAUAUUUCUGGCUCAGCCCACUAUAGCAAUGACUCUACCGCUCUGCACUAUUUGUGUAUACUUCAUUCAACGAGUCUAUCUGAGAACCUCUCGACAACUGCGUUUCAUUGACCUAGAGUCAAGAGCGAAACUUUAUACAAGUUUUCUAGAGACAAUUGAAGGAAUUGCUACAAUUCGAGCGUUUGGAUGGGAAGAUAGGUUUGCGAUCAACAACACCGAGAAAUUGGACAUCUCUCAGAGGCCGUUGUAUCUUCUCCUCUGUUUACAGAGAUGGCUGAACGUGGUUCUGGAUUUGUUAAUUGCAGGGAUUGCUGUGGUUUUAAUUGCUUCAGCAGUGAGAUUUCGCAACACGGUUACCGGUCCUGAUAUGGGUAUCGCGCUGAAUAUGGUUAUUGCUGCAAACACGACAUUGCUUCGCUUGGUUGAAAGUUGGACAACCCUCGAGACUUCCCUUGGGGCAGUGUCAAGGCUGCGAUCUGUUGAUCGUGACACCCUUUCUGAAGAUGAAGGCUGCGACUACGUAGACCCCUCUCCCGAGUGGCCAAGUAUGGGUUCCGUGAAAAUCAAAGACCUAUCAGCAGGCUAUGAUUUACAAACCUCGGUCCUUCGUGGGGUUAAUAUGGACAUCCCAGGUGGCUCAGGUGUCAUUUUGUGUGGUCGAACUGGAAGUGGGAAAAGCAGCCUAUUUAUUACGCUACUGCAGUUGGUAAGACCUCAGGCCGGAACAAUUGAGGUUGACGGCGUGGAUAUCACGACCUUGCCAGUGCAUAUUGUACGGCGACGCUGCUUCGUUGCUAUACCUCAGGACCCUUUCAUGCUGCCAGAUGCGAGCCUUCGAUUCAAUCUCGACCCCUAUAAUCAACAUCAAGAUGCUACGAUCGUAGAAAUGCUUCACAAGACUGGUCUUUGGUCAAAAGCUUCUACAUCGGAUCAACAGAGCUACACAACGAACGCAAUUGUUCCCGACACAACAAAUUCAGACUUUCUCGAUCAGCCACUCGCUAGUUUUCCACCUAUAUCUACAGGCCAAAGGCAGAUGUUUGCCUUCACCCAGGCAUUGCUAAGAAUCAAACCAUCAACUGGCGAAGGUGACCCCUUGGUUGACGAACGGAAACCAAUCCUACUUCUGGACGAGGCCAGCUCAUCCUUGGACUUCGAGACGGAAAUCAAGAUGCAGGAAAUGGUGAAAGAGUAUUUUAUGAAUGAAGGGCACACCACCAUUGCCAUUGCCCACAGACUCGACGCCCUGCGGAAAGACUUGAGACCGGCAUUGGACACUAUAGUGUGGAUGGCAGAUGGGAGGCCUGAGGGGUUCCAGUGA